CUCGAAUUGGUCGACUGUCCUCGAGCGCCUUUUCGCUCGUUUCUUCAGGCAACCGAAAGUGAUUUGACUUGUGUGUUGUGAUGUAAGUUUUCCUCUUUGGAAGGAUCCGGGCUGUCGACCCUGCCAAAUCGUUUGGAGAUUUUCAGUUGCCCGAUUAGAAAAAUUAUGCAUCCGAAUGUGCGACAGCUGUAUCUACGGCGGAUCGUCUGCUCGUGCUUGUGGAAUCUGGUCGUCCAGACUUUUAUGAUCGCCGCGUUUAUUUUCUUCAUCAACUUGAACUUCCACCCUUUGACCUGGCUCCAGGAUUGGAUCCGCUCCGUUCUCGACUGGAGGACGUGGUUUUAUUUCUUCCCGCUGUCCGCUGUCGUCCUGGCCCAGGGGGUCGUCUGCUCCAAGGGCUACAUUUCCGUCCAGCCCUUCUACCCGACGAGAUUCUCGAUAAUGAUACAGAUAUUGUCGUUAAACAACAUAAUGUCGAUGUCGAUGCACGUUUUUAUCGGCUACCUGAUAACUUGGCUCUAUUUGUCCGUAACCGGUGGCAUGCUGAGCAGGUACGCAAUGCCGGAUGGCACUUUCAACGAGGAGCGGCUCUUGUUGAUAUUCGGCGGCGUCUGGGUCAAUUUCGUUUAUUUCGUGAAAAACCAUUUUGCCGGCGCGAAACACGCCACUUUCCCAGUGCUGCAACUGCCGAAAUUCUCUCAGAUUAAAUCCGAACUUUUUCUGACUGUCAAAAGUUCCUUUCCGGACGUCUUCCUUCCCAAUUGUUUUUACAUAGUCUUAUAUUACUUUAAAGGAAACGUUCUUAGAGGUCUGGCUUGUCAGCUUUUCGAUCUCCAGCCUUCAGAAGAAUUGUUGGACUCCGUACAAGGCCUGUUCAACAUAAAGAUGCUUGCUUAUUUAUGGCUUCUGUCAGCGACCGUUAUUUCGACUAUGAAGCUCAUGGAGUUUUUGUUUAGAGUCUACUUGACAGAAAGAGAAAUUUUUCCAUAUUUUAGCACUCUUCUGCCGGCAGGAACUGUGACGCUCGAGGAAGCCCUCAGAUCGAGAGAAUUCCCUUUUCUUAGACAUCUUGGGUUUUUAGAUCUGUUUCUGCUUUCUGAGAACAGCAAGGAAAGAAGAGCCAAGAUAUUCACUCUAAGCCAGCCCGGAGGACACCCCCACAUCUGGAAUUCGCUGCGGAAUGACUGCUUCUUAACGAUCGAGUCGUUUAUCACAUCACUGACUGGCCUACUGAUUUUCAGACAGACAAAGGAAAAACCCGAGGAGACAUACCAUCGCUAUGGCAUACAACCAGGAAGUGCACCUCCUACUUCGCCGCUGUGUGCAAAAACCCUUCCGAAGAAAGCUACUUUCCCCGAAUUGCUCUUCUCGAAAAUCAUUCAAGCGGGGGCCAAUUUGAGUUUAUGGGUCGAUUCUAAAUUAUCUUGGUUGUACAAUCUGCCGUUCACCGUUUACUUUUUUGGAGACAGAAGGGAUUUACAGAUAAAAUAUGCGCUACAACAAACACAACCGGUAUUAUGGGCUUGUCACAGCCUCUCUUAUCUCGCUGUAUACUCACUAACUGAGGACAACUACGGUAUCAUACAGAACGAUCUUGCGAAAAUCAUUUGCUUACUAUUAAAGUUAAAACAGACGCUGGAUUCAAUCGACAGGCAUGUAUCAGUACAGGCGGUGGAUCCAUGUGCCAGCUGGAGGACAACGAGAACCAACAACAGCAAAACAAUGACCGCCCAAGCCCUGAACAAGUCUGUCAAAAGGGCCAUUUACAGAAUAUCGGAUGCAUUCAAAAACUACAUCCCCGACCUGCAACUACCAAGGGAUGCUGAAAUCCAAAUGAUAGCCUUUGCUGAAUAUAAAGUCUGACUAUCGUGAUUCAAUUUAAAAAUAAUAAAAAUGCUUGUUUUUUGUAAAUAUAGCUAAACCUUUUGUACACUUGUUUUAGUUUUAGUUAAUAAAAUCAAUUA